CACGGGUCAGUAUAGGUUUUGUUGUCCUUGUGAUUCAAUCAACCGUUCACGAACAAACUUAGUAUUGUCAAGAUGUGGCUGAAGUGGUGUGUUUUAGGACUUGCUCUGUUCGGGGUGGCAGCCAAUGCGCAGGAAGACAGUGGUCUAUCGGCGUUGAGGAUGGUCAACCGUGUUUACGACGAAUGUGCACAAAGGGACAGUAUGAUCACGUGUUUGAAAAUGAAGGCGGUGACGUUCCUGGACCGCGCCAGUCGCUCCGACAAGCUGUCGUUUGGUGAUCUGUUGACGCUGGAACGCGCGGCUGGAGCCGCACCUCGCGCCGGACGUGCGCUCACCGAGAACGACUUGGAGACCAUGCUGGCCGGAGGCAGCGAGGAGACGCGCGACAGUCAGCUGACAACCCUCUUUGUCGAUCGCGUGGCGCGAUUCUUCAACAGCCACACCCUCAAGGUCUCCUUCCCCGAGCUCAACUCCGGUGAACUGCAGAGGAGUGUUGAAGAAGGUCGCGGCAAGAUGAAGAAAAUGAUGAGCAUGAUGAUGAUGGCUGGUGCGAUGAAGGCAAUGAUGCUGAUUCCAAUUGCGAUCGUCGCCCUCUUCCUGUUGGCCGGCAAGGCGUUCAUCAUCAGCAAGAUCGCCCUCGUCCUGGCCCUCAUCAUCACCCUCAAGAAGCUGUUGGCCCAGAAGCAGGAGCACGGACACCACGAACACGGACACGGCUGGUCGUCCGGAGGCGGUGGACACGGAGGCGGCUGGGACAAGCGCUCCCUGGGGGCGGACGCGAGCAUUGCUCACAACCUGGCCUACAACGCCUACAAGCCUGCCUCCUCCUCAUAACACUGACGCCCCGCUCUACGGGCCACCGACUUCUAUUCAACGAACUGACUUACUUCUAACAACGAUCUUCGACCCUCUUUAUUUAUUUUAAUGCAACUGAAGGCUACUUUUAGGCUAUUAGUGCAACUCGUUCUCUCGACUUCACUUCUCAAUCUAUGUUAGUGUAGCAGGCACUUGGUGUCUUAUUAUAGUGGCAUACGAAUAAGUAGGCUAUGAGAAAUUUUAAAAGAAGGGUUGAUUGCUCCCGUAAUGUGUGGUCUCGUAAAAGUUAUCUUUGUGAGAGUUUCAUUGAUCGAACACCUUGAUUGGAUGUUCAAAUAAUCUUAAAUAACACAACACCUUGAUAAUGAACAUGUUUGUGAACACCUCGAUGCAAUCGAAAGUUAUGUCUCCUUUAGGAUAAGCCUGUAUGCCACUGAGAAUGUACAGUAUUAUCUUCAAUCUUAUAACCUCCUCUCACAAUUCUCUCUUCAUCUACUUAUAAUAUUGAUCAUAUCUAGUCUCCUUUUCAUUUAAACUUAGAGCAAUCCCAUCAUCAAUGAUCAAUUCAUUUUGCACUUGAAAUAAUACUUCUUUCAUCAUUAUCAUGAUUUCACUGCUAAUCUGACAUGGAAUACACAAAAUUCCAUGAUGUUAUAUUUUCAUGGAUCUCUCCUUGUUCAUUUAUUUUCUUCACAAUAUUUCAUUUUCACUUCACUUUUCUCAUCUCCUCAUCGAAAAAUGUUUGCACUGAAAAAGUGGGGUCAUGUUUUUCCUGUAUGAUUCUCUGCUUCUACUCACGAUAUCCUGCAAUGCAACAACUUAUUCCUGAUAAUACUUCCUCUGUUUUUCUCUGAUAAUACUUGAAUCACUCCUCUUUCCCUUUGAUCUUAGGUGAUUUGGAAACUUGACUUUCUAUUUAUCUAUUGUUGAGAGAAUCUUAUUCCUGCUGUUGACUUAGUUAACAGCAAUGAAAGACAAAAUUAGUGAUGAAGUAUAUUAUUAUAAACACCAAUAGAACAAUAUUCUACUACUUAAGGUCAUCUUAUUUCAAAGAAAUAUAUAAUAUGAAAAUUUACUGAUUUUUAGAUUGUUUUCGGCAUUAUAAAUCAAUGACAACAUUCUAGACGUGGAAGAUUUCAUGUUUUGGUUAUGUUUUGAUUGAAUCACAAGAAUGCUAGACAACUGGGAUGAAAACAUAUUAUUAUACGAGAAUGAAAUAUCUGGAUUGAGUAUGACCUUAUCUAGUUACCUUAUUUACUCACAGUUCCAAUUAAUCAAAAUUUAUUUCAUAUCUACUAAUUAGCUUUGAAUACUUAUCUCAGUACGAAAAUUCAGAAUCGAAGUAAUUAUUCGAGACGGCUGUGCCAAAUAUUAGUUAUUACAUUAUUGUUUUAAUAUUAGCACAUAGUUUUAUUUACUUUACUUUUUUAUUUUGUUUCCACUUAUUGUGAGUGUGACUUGCUUAGUGACUUGUGACUGUGGUGUGUAUUAUUUUCUAUGAACUAUGACUUUCACUAGUUUCUUAGACUUUUUCGACUAUAACAAUAGUUUUUGACAGUUAAUGUUUCUUACAAACUUGACAGAAAAUGCGUGUAAUUGACUAACUAGUGCCAUUAGUGGUUGAAAUGAUUGACUACCUACUCUAUUACUCUUACUUUUUACCACAGACUCGACUAAUAAUAAUCUGACUAGACAAUCGAUGGUCUUCCAACGUACAAAUGUAGACUAAGUUUCCAUUGAAUACUAUGGCACUCCAUUGUGUUCGUAUGUAAAUAUCUUGAAAACUUAUUUAUUGAAUUUUUUUUAUUUAUUUAUUUGAAUCGACUUAUGCGACUGGAUUGUAUCAAUACAUCCUGGUAAUUUGUUCUGAUUCACUAAUUUAUUCAAUAAAUAUUUUAUUCAUUUUGUUUUCUUUA